AAGAAUCGUAAAUAAAAUAAUAAUAAUAAUAAAAAAAAAAUGGCAUUCACUUUCCUUUCUUCUACCCGCGCUAAAAUAAAGCACAAGGUUAUUGCAGAGCUCAUCGCCCUUUGAUUUCAUUUCAUUUGAUUUUCCCAUUCCUUCUUCUUCUUCUUCUUAUAACUCUCCUCAACUAAAACCCAUUUUCCAGCUGGUUUUCUUUAGGUUGCUGGAUCUUUCAAUCAUGGGUAUGCUGGUUUUGAUUGUGGUGUUUAUCUUUGAUCUCGUUGCUUUUGCACUUGCUGUUGCUGCAGAGCAGAGAAGAACUACUGCCACGGUCGCUCAAUCAGGCAAUUCUAGAUUCUGUGCCUAUGAUUCUGAUAUUGCAACUGGAUUAGGUGUGGGUUCAUUUCUGAUCCUAUUUGCUAGCCAAGUGAUUUUGAUGGUGGCAAGUCGAUGUUUAUGCUGUGGGAGAGGGUUGCGACCCGGCGGUUCAAGGGCUUGGGCAAUUACUCUUUUCAUCACUUGCUGGAUAUGUUUUGCCAUUGCUGAGAUCUGUCUGCUAGCUGCAUCGGUGCGAAAUGCCUAUCAUACCAAAUAUGUUAGUUCUAUUAUGAAUGAGCAAAUUUCAUGCAAGAUGCUGAGGAGGGGAGUCUUUGGGGCCGGGGCUGCUUUUAUCGUCUUCACAUGUGUAGCAUCAGAGCUGUUCUAUGUUAGCUUUUCCAAGGCUCAUAUCGAGACUAACUCCUUUGCCAAAGACACUGGCAUUAGAAUGGCAAGCCUAUAGACGGUGAGGAGCUACUUUACCAGAAUUGGGGGUUUACAGGAUUUUGUCAAACAUGUGUGGUUUGUUGAUGUGAAAAAUGAAGUGGGAGUAACAUUGCAUGUUGAAUACAGAUGUACAAAUAUGAUUAGAUAGUUGAGUGAAGAUUUCAUAUUGUGGUUUGUGGUAUAUGCUGUCUGUCAAUGACUAUGUUCCUUUAGUAUAACUAAGCGAAUCCUUUUUCAGUUGUUGUUA